AUGGUUCAAAAUGAUAAUUAUUUUGGAAUAAGUGCUAACGAUAAUGAAGAUAGUGUAAAUAAUUAUGAAGAAAACAAUAACAAUAAUAAUAACGACGAUGAUGACGAUGAGGAUAAAAACAACCUCAACAAUAAUAAUUCAAUAUUAACAAGUGCAAUGAAAAGGAGUGAAAAUAAUGAAAAUGAUACAAUUUUAAUUAGUGACAAAAAAUAUUAUAAUAAUUGGAGAGAUAGUGUUGGUGAAUAUAGUCAAGUUGAAUUAUCAGAUUUUAAAAAAUCAUCAAAUGAUAAUAAUAAUAAUAAUAAUGAUGAAGAUGAUAAUAAUAAUAAUAAUAAUAAUAAUAAAUAUUUAUAUAUAAAAAAAUUUAAAAUAAUAAUAAUAAAAAUAAUAAUAAUAAUUUUAGAAUUUUUUAAAUCAAUUUUAAAAAGGAUUAAAAUAAUUUUAAAAAAGAUUAAAUUAAUUUUAAGAAAUAUUGGAUUUUUUAAAAUUACUGAAGAAUGGUUUUCAAUAAUUAAAUAUUCAAUAAAUGGUAUUAAAAGGAGUAAAUUGAAUUAUAGUAUUGGUUUUAUAUCAUGUUUUUUAGUAGUAAUUUUAGUUGCAACUGGUUUAUCAGUAUUAUCAAAUAUAUCAUUAAUAUUUUUAAGUAAAGCAGAUUCUGAUGCCUAUGGUAUUGAUUUAAUAAUAUCAGGCAAACAACAAUCAAUAGAUUUAGGUGAAAUUAUUGAUGUCAGAUUAAAUUAUACAUUAAUUGAUCAACUUUUAAAUGAUGCAACUUUAAAUUUUGAAAAAUUAAUAGAAUUGAAUGAAGCUAAUAGUUUCAAUAGUUUAUUUAUUGGUGGUGAUAGUAGUGGUUUUAAUAAUUUUGAUUAUAAUUCACCAAGAUUUCAUAUGAUAGAUGCAUUUGGAUAUCCCGUAAAUUAUUGUGAAAACAUUGUUGAAAAUAAUAUUGAAGCAAGGUACUUUUCAAAUGGUAGUGAUUUAAAUUGCACAGAGAGUACUUGUUUUAUUAAUAGAUGUGGUGGUGAUGGAGAACAUGUAUAUAUGGGUUUCCAAUUACUAGAUUUUAAAAAAGAGAAUGAUAUGGGUAUAAAAUCAACAUUUGGUUAUGGAUCACAACCAAAGGGUACAUGUUUAAUGAUAGAAUCAUUGGCUAAAAGAAUAGAAUUAAAGAUUGGUGAUGAAAUUUUUUUAAAAGUACCAGCAGUUAAAUUAUUAUCAACUUUAUUAACAGAUUCAAUGAUUUCAACAACUCAAAUUGAAAAAUCACCAUAUAUAAUAACAAAAUUAAAAGUUAAUGGAUUUUUCAAUAAUACAGAGAAUCCAUACGAAUUAGGUUAUGAAUUAGGUUUUGAAUUGGGUGAAACAAUACCAUCUAUAUUAAUUGAUAUUGACUCAUUCUAUGAUUCAAUGGUUGAACAAGUAAAUCCAACAUGGAAUGUAGAUUUAAUGAAAAAUAGAAAUUUAAAAGAAUAUGUCGAAUAUAUAGUUAUGAAAUUUCCAUCACCAAGAUUAUCAAUGUAUUAUGGUACAGAUUUAGAUAAAACUUUACAACGUGUGGGUGAUUAUUGCUCAAAAUUAAUUUACAAAAUUGGUGUUGGUAGAGUUGAUAUUUCAACACCAGUAAUGACUGAAUUAUACAAGAGCAAAGAUGUUUCAAAUAAUUUAGGUCAAUUAUUAAAUAUUAUAGUUUUUGUAUUCCUUUUAUUAUCAAUUCUUUUAAUUUAUACAACAUUAAUGAUUGAUGUGGAUUCAAUGACAUUUAAUAACGGUGUAUUUAGAAUGUUAGGUGCUAAAUUUAGUUUCAUCAUCGAGCUAAUAGUUUCAAAAACAAUAAUUUUCACAAUACCAUCAAUUAUAUUAGGUUUAAUAAUUUCACAAAUCUUUUUAGUUAUAGUCGUAGAUCAAUUAAAGAGUAUAUCAAAUUCAGCAGAUAUUUCAAAGUAUUUAACAGUAAAUUCAAUUCUAUUUUCAAUUUUGUUUGGUUUUCUAAUACCAAUGGUAUCAUUGAUAUUACCAAUUAGAAAAGCAUUAAGUUUUUCAUUAAAUCAACAAUUGGAUACUAGUAGAUCAAAAAUAUCAUCACAUCAAAUUACAACAAUUGAUAAAGGUUCAAAAGAUGCAGAAUUUAAAAAGUCUGUAUCAUUGAUUGGUUUAUCAAUUAGUGCUUUUGGUAUAGUGGUAUGUUUUUUAUUACCAAAAUUAUUAUUAUCCGGUGAUGUCAGUUCAUUAUUAGCAUUAUUAUUUGGAUUGUUAAUUUUAGUUUUAAUAUCAGCAAUUUUCUUAAUGAUGAAUUUCCAUUUAAUCAUUUCAAAAACAUUAGUUUACCUUAUUACUUUAAUCGAUCCUGGUGCAAAAUAUAUUAUUAGAAGAAUUUUAUAUAAAAAUUUAAUUUCUCACAAGAAAAAGAAUAAAGGUACAAUGUUUAUGUUUGGUAUUUCUGUAUCUUUAAUUAUUACAAUUAGUUGUUUAUAUUUAGUUCAAGUUGAAACUGCAAAUGCUUCUAGAAAACAAUACUAUGGUUCACUUUUAAAGAUUGAAACAGAAACAUUUUUACUUAGAGAAGAUUUAUCACAUAUUACCCAAUGUUUAGAUGGUUUAAUGGAUGAUAAUAAUGGUUUAGAUAGUUAUUCAUUAAGAUCAAUGGAGUUUAGUGAGUUUUCUCAACCUGAUAAUAAGAAAUCAACGGUUUCUGAUCUUGGUAGAACUAGAAUUUUAAAAUCAUCAUUAUUUGCAGUUGGUCCAACUUAUUUCAGUGAAUUAAUGGAAGAUUAUUUUCAAGUUUCAUCAGUUUCAGAAAAUUUAAAAACUGAUAAAGAUGUUGAUUUUAAUCAAAAUGGUGAUAUGACUGAUUUAUCAACGAUUUUAUAUAGUAAAGAUUCAAUGAAUAAAUUAAUAUUAACUCAAUCUCAAAAGAAAUUAUUGUAUCUUGAUCAAGAAGGUGGUAGUGAUGAAUAUUUAUUAUCAAAUUAUAUUGAAAUUAAUAAUUAUACAAAAAUUGAUCCAUCUGGCAAAAAUCAACAACAAAAUGUAACAUUAAAUUGGAUGGGUCGUUAUUUAAUGAAACCAUUAGCAUAUUUAAAAACUGCAGGUACAUUUAGUGUAUCUGAGAUUCCAGAUAAAGGUGCAACUCAAAGUGUAAUAGCCUCAUUUCCAGCAUAUGUUGGGUUAUCAGGUGGUAAUAUCGACUCGGUUAGGAAUAUACCAGUUAGUGUAAUUUUAAUUAAACCAAAAUCAUUAGAUUAUGAUUUAAUUGAUUCAUUAAGAUUAAAAAUUAGUCAAAAAUGUUUAUCUAAUCUAAAAUCAACAGGUCCUUAUAUAAUUAGAUAUAAAGAUUCAUCAAACAGUUCAGAUAAAUUAAAUUCAUUAUUCUUUGAUUUUGCAACAGUACUCUCAAUGAUUAUAUCAUCAUUUUCAUUAAUUUCAUCAAUGUUUACAAAUAUUAAAAAUCAAUCAAAAGAAAUUGGUAUUCUAAGAUCAAUUGGUCUAUCAAAUUUUAAAAUCUAUAAAAUCUAUAUUUUUGAAGCUUUUACACUUUCAUUUGGUAGUUGUAUAAUUGGUAUUAUUAUUGGUCUUUUCAUUAGCUAUACAAUUCUAUUAGAACAAUCAGUUAUGAAUCAACAAAUUAUACCAUUUUCAAUUCAAUGGGAAUUAAUUCCUAUACUCUUCAUUUCAUCUUUAAUUGUCUCAAUCAUUUCUGUAGUUUCCCCAAUUAGACAUUUAUUAAAGAAACCAAUUAUUACAGUUUUAAAAGAUUAA